AUGUAUAAUAGAAUUAAAGAAUGUUAUUAUUGGAAAAACAUGCGCGCAGAUAUAGAGAGAUAUACCCAAAAUUGCAAACUUUGCCAAACAAAUAAACCGUUACGCAAGAUUAACCGAACCGCCACCGCAUUUUGCGCUAUUAUUAUUGCAACCGGCAAUGGUCAAUAUAUUGAACGCAUCGACAAGAGCCCUGGUAUAUUCUUCGACCCUGUUGGUACAUUGAGGAUAAUUAAUGAUCAAUUUCACAUCGUUAUUCCGGUAGACGUACAUCCAAUCCAACACCAUUUGGAAAACAUUCAUGAAGUAUUUAAAAUAAUCCGAUUUCAGUGCCAUGAGAGUGCCGACAUAGAUUAUACUCAGUGUGAAAAUAUGUUACAACCCCUAGAAGCACUUUACAACGACAUCUUAAGAGAUUUUAAUGCGAUUUCCCAUAUUAUCUUAAACGGUAUGUCCAAGAGAUCUGCCUGGUUCUCAGGUAUUGGCACGGUAUUUAAACACAUUUUCGGCACACUGGAUGAAAAUGACGCUGAAAACUACAAUAAAGCUAUUCAUGCUCUAUUUAAUAACGAAAAUAAACUAGCAGAGUCUACCAAAAAGCACAUCUUAGUCUCAAAAUCCGCUAUUUCUAGUGUUAAUAAAUCCCUGGAGGAAUUAAAUGACAAUCAAAUAAAGUUAAAUAGUGUCAUUGAACUCUUAUCUUCUACUGUUAAAAAUGCAUCUGAGAUGUUGAAUGUACUCAGUUUUCAAACGAAACUAUCCAAUGUUUUAAAUACCUUGCUAUCUAAUUUACUUACGAUGUCAUUCAAAGUCGAAGAUCUGUUAAACUCAAUUUUAUUUGUAAUAACCAACACCUUACAUCCAUCUGUAUUAAGCCCAACUCAAAUGUAUAAUGAUAUAAUUAGUAAUCUAAGAAUUAUGCCAAAAUAUAAAGAUUUUCCAAUAUCUCUAGAAUUAAGCAACAUUCAUACUUUAAUUGACAUUUCCGAUUUAGUAUGUUAUUAUUUAGACAAUAAGCUUAUUUUUAUCAUAAAACUACCUUUAGUUAGUUUGUUAAAAUAUAAUAUGUAUAAGAACUUACCUUUACCAACUCCACAUGCUCAAGAUAGAACAAACUCUUUUGCCAUGAUCAUCCCUUCUGAAAAGUUUGUAGCGCUAAGCAAAGAUAAAACAAGUUAUGUUUAUCUACAAGAGUUAAAUAAUUAUAAAAACAUCCCGACAAAUACCUACCUUUGUGAUGUUGUAGAUGUAGCUACAAUAUCCAAUAAUAUACCCUGUGAAAUAGAAAUUAUGACGAAAGCCUUGAUAUCAAUCCCAGAUAACUGUCCAUUUAGACUAAUUUCCGGUGAUCUGGAUAUAUGGCAUAAACUAUACAACAACAAAUGGAUUUUUGUUCAAACCAAACCCACUAAGUUAUCAGUAGAGUGUAGUAACAAUUUAACCGAAUACACUCUAUCCGGGACAGGCCUACUCACAAUUCCACCUGAUUGCGUAGCUUUCCAUAAGAAUCUGAAAUUAGAAAUUAAGCUCUACCCUAGUAUAAGUGUCCCCGGAAUAUAUUCGGAUUUUAAUAUAAUUAACGAUAGUUGUUGUAAGUUAAGUAACCUUAACAAAUUUUCAUUUAACCUUACGUCUUCUAUAAAUGUAAAAACUAUGAACUUAGAAAAUUUAAAAUCUUACAACACUGAUUCCGAUCAGAUUGUCAAACGACUAGACACCCUAGAAAGUCCAAAUUUGUAUAAUGUUAGUUUCUCUAUAAUAAGUCUUAUAUCUGUAAUACUUUGCAUAUCUAUUAUAACCUAUAUAAUUUGUAAGAGAGGAAAGUCUUUCAGAGACCAUUUUAAUUUUAACAAAGAAAAUACAGAAAAUCAUCAUCACACUGAUCAACCACAGCUACGCAUAGAGUAG